CUACCCGGACCCGGACCGUCCCCAUGGUCGUUACUACCGGUACCGGACCCAUGCUUGUGCAGCUGCUGAUACUCCUGGGCUGCCUCGCUCUCUCCGUGGGCCAGUACAGCAGCUGCAAGUCGCUGGUGAGCACGGACGACGGACCCACAUGGGAGUACUACGCGUGCCAGCCGCGUGCCAUGGCCAUGAAACAAUACAUGCAGAUUAAAGUGGACCCGCCCGGAAUCACGUGCGGAGACCCUCCCGAGCGCUUCUGCACGCUGGAGAACCCAUACCUGUGCAGUGACGAGUGUGAUGCCUCGAUCCCGGAGCAGGCGCACCCCCCCACCCUGAUGGCAGACGCGGAGCUGAGCGGCGGGGGCGUGGCGACCAAUGGGAUCAGCGGGGGCCCCGUGACCUACUGGCAGACCGUCACCUGGAGCCGCUUCCCAGAACCCCUAUUGGCCAACAUCACACUGUCCUGGAACAAGAGUCUGGAGUUGACAGAUGACAUCACGGUCACGUUCGAGUACGGCCGUCCCACAAUCAUGGUUCUGGACAAGUCGCUGGAUAAGGGCCGCACCUGGCAACCCUACCAGUUCUACGCGGACGACUGCAUGGAGGCAUUUGGAAUGCCACCCAAGCGCGUGGGGGACCUGGCGGCGGCUAACGUGACGCGCGUCAUCUGCACGGAGCAGUACUCGCGCUGGGUGGGCUCCAAAAACGAGAAGAACGUGCGCUUCGAGGUGCGUGAGCGUUUUGGGAUCUUCGCGGGGGGCCCGGCGCUGCGCAACAUGGACGGCCUGUACACGCGAAUGGAGAGCAUGAAGGGCCUGCGCGACUUCUUCACCUUCACCGACCUGAGGCUGCGCCUGCUGCGGCCCGCGCUCGGCGGCACCUACGUGCAGCGCGACAACCUCAUGAAGUACUUCUACGCCAUCUCCAACAUCGAGGUCAACGCCAGGUGCAAGUGUAACCUGCAUGCGGACCAGUGUGUGGUGCGUGACGGCGUGCUGGCGUGUGACUGUGAGCACAAUACCACCGGUCAGGACUGCGCUCGCUGUGAGAAGGGAUACAAGGCCAAGUCAUGGAAGCCCGGAUCAUACCUGCCCACGCCCAAUGGGUCACCUAAUACCUGUGAGGCGGCUGGUUCAGUUGGCAAUUGUGAAUGCUACGGCCACUCUAACCGGUGUAGUUAUAUUGAGUUCAUCAACAUCGUGACGUGUGUGAGCUGCAAGCACAAUACCCGCGGCCAGAACUGCCAGCACUGUCGCUUAGGAUACUACCGCAACGCCUCGGCCGAACUGGACGACGAGAACGUCUGCAUAGAGUGCAACUGUAACCAGCUGGGCUCUCUGCAUGCUCGCUGCAAUGAGACGGGCUUCUGCCAGUGCAGAGACGGCACCACCGGACCGAAGUGCGAGGACUGCUCACCCGGAUACACCUGGAAACAGGGGUGCAUCCCCAACGUGUGUGAUGAGGAGUUCCUGCUGUGCCAGAACGGCGGCACGUGUUUCCAGGGCCAGAAGUGUCUUUGCCCUCCGGGCCUCAAGGGGGUGCUGUGCGAACAGGCCCAGUGCGCGGGGGGCAAGGCCUGCGACCGCGCCUCCUCACAACACCUCCUCCACAGCGGGCUGCUGCUCCUCUCCUUGCUCCUCUCCCUACUCCUCUAA